GUUAUAGAUGAGAAAAAGCUUCAAGAAAUUGAUAACUUAUGGAAAGAGUUUGAAACACCUGAAAAAGCUAAUAAAGUCGUAAAACUGAAACACUUUGAGAAGUUUCAAGAUACAACAGAAGCUCUUGCAGCAUCCACAGCAUUGGUAGAAGGAAAAAUCAGCAAAAAUUUAAAGAAAAUCUUAAAGAAAAUAGUAGCCAAAGAUGCCCAUGAACAGUUAGCUGUAGCAGAUGCCAAACUGGGAGGUGUAAUCAAGGAGAAACUGAACUUAAGUUGCAUCCAUAGUCCAAUGGUUACUGAGCUGAUGAGGGGCAUUCGCACUCAGAUAGAAGGACUUAUCAGUGGCCUUCCAUCCCGGGAGAUGGCAGCGAUGUGUUUAGGAUUGGCACACAGCCUCUCACGAUAUAAAUUGAAAUUCAGCCCAGACAAAGUUGAUACAAUGAUUAUCCAAGCAAUAUCUCUUCUUGAUGACUUGGACAAAGAAUUGAAUAACUACAUUAUGCGUUGUAGAGAAUGGUACGGAUGGCAUUUCCCUGAACUGGGCAAGAUUAUCACAGAUAAUCUAGCAUACUGUAAAUGUGUACAAAAAAUUGGAGACAGAAUAAACUUUUCCUCUUCUGAUCUGUCUGAGAUCCUUCCGGAGGAGGUGGAAGAAGAAGUGAAAGCAGCUGCAGAGAUCUCCAUGGGGACUGAAGUCUCGGAAGAAGAUAUAAGCAAUAUACAGCAUCUUUGUGAUCAGGUUAUUGAGAUCUCUGACUAUCGAGCAACGCUGUAUGACUAUCUGAAAAACAGAAUGAUGGCUAUUGCACCUAACCUCACUAUUAUGGUGGGAGAACUAGUAGGAGCGAGGCUUAUUGCCCAUGCUGUGAAGUGAAGGUCUACGAUCCUUCUGGGGAAUCUACGCUCCCUCUGGUCCCAAGGAAGCGCAAGGAACGGGAAGAGAACGAAGAACAGGCAGUUCCACAAAAGGCAAAGAAGGCUAAAAUGGAAAUCAAAGAAGAGGAACAGGAAGAGGAUGAACAAGUUGAACAAGAGGAGGAACCUGUGAAAGAGAAGAAAAAGAAAAAGAAAAAACAGAAAACUCAAGAAAUGUCUUUUUGCGUAGAAGACAGCGCAGAGGAGCCAUCUACCAGUAUGGUGGUGGAGAAUACGGAAAAGAAGAAAAAGAAAAAGAAGAAAAUUAAAGAAGAGCCAGAAAAUUAAGAACAUGGAGUUUCCUUGGAGGGUUUGGCUCAACGUUUGGACUUUCAGGGACAUUAAUUUUUGAAUUUUUUCCUAAUAAUUAAGAUUAAGAAACUGUAUAUUUUCCUUCAAUGUUUUGUUUUUAAAGCUGAUCUUAGUUUUCACAUUGCCCUGUUAAAUGGUCAUAGUUUUGCUUCAGUACUACUAUAAACUGUUCUGAAAUUGCUUAUCAAAAAA